AUGGUAGCACCAUCCUGUUGUCUUGAGUAUCGACCGACACCAACAUUCUGGGCCAUUUUGGUCUUGGGUGUAUUCCCGUCCAUCUAUCUUGCUGGGAAGGUUGUUGGUACAGUGAUUACAGUACUAUUCCGUGUCCUGCGGGGAAUAUUAAAAUUUUUGUUAUGGGAUGACGAAGACUAUGAGGAAGAGCUAGAAACACGUCGGUUGGAGAUGCGGGCGAUAGCGAUGCAAAAGGAAGAAGAGAGGAUCAAACGACGACAUGAGCGUACACUUAAACGACUUCAAGCUACUGUCGCUGAAAGCAGCUUGAAAAAUGAAAAGAUAACUACACUGUUGGCAAAUGGCUUUCCUCGAAAUGGAAAUGUGAAGCAUACCGCUCCGACCGAUGAUAUCAGCGAAUCGUUGAAUUCUGAAUGCGAUACCGACGAGCACCGAGUAGCUCUACAAGUAAACGGUUCUGCUCCGACCAGCACCGAAACGACGGCUUCUGUUGACGGUAACGGCAACCAUCCGGAUAUCUCGGAUCCUGAGACAUCGAUAUUUACAAACGGGCAUGUCAACCGCCCGGAUAUUCUGGAUCCAGAGACGCCUAUACUAACAAAUGGACAUGUCCACCGCUCAUAUACCUUGGAAGCGGAGACGCCGAUACUCUUUAACGGUCAUGUCACCCGUUCGUAUACCUGGGAUGUGGAGACGCCGAUCCUCACGAACGGCCAUGUCAACCGCCCAGAUGUCUCGGAUCCAGAGGCACCGAUGUUCCCAAACGGCAACGUUACCACCACCACCGUCACUGAUCCUGAUGGUCCAGGCGUUGGGACAACGACGAUCGUCACCAAUACAUUGUAUCAUCGCAAAAGUUACAACCAUUAA